ACGCCUCGCCUCCAUGUUAUGAGAACAGCAGCUUGGAUUAAUGCUUAAACUUGCCCUCCGUAGGUGUGACUGUCUAUACAGGGAGAGUGAAAAAUGGCAAGAAAUGUGCACACGGUCUCCUAUCAUGACCAUGGGAGACACACCUGCCCUGCCCUAAGGAUCAUGGGAAGGUGGAACAAGCUUUAGAGUGGAAUUGGAGAGAGCAGUUCAAACACCGGCGAGCAUGAGGAGGUUUUUCCGAGCACAAAGGGACGAAGACUACAGUCAGAUCCAGUAUCUGACGGCCAAGUGCACCCGCUUGGCUUAUGACAAAGCAGUGCUCGACAGGGAGUUCCUGAUGUCCAGAGACAGGGAGAGGAAGCUGCAGAAUGAUCUGGAAGCUGCGACCGCUCGACUCCUCCACCAGCAGCAGCUGAACAUGGAGCUCAGGAUGAGAGAGGAGCAACUCAUCAGCAGGAUCCACCAGCAACAGGACCUGGUGAACUUGCUGCAGCAGCGUGUGGUCCUGCUGACGGAGGCGAGCACCAGGGACGCGGAGCUGCUUCGGCAGGUCAGCUCAGAUAUGCUGUACCUGCAGAGCUCCGAGGUGACGCUGGAGGGCCUGGUGGAGAAGCUGCAUGCUGAGGCCCAACACAGAGCUGCGGUGGCAGAGAGCCUCCAGACAGAGCUGCACAGGGAAGCCCGGCGCAGAGCUGCGCUGACGGAGACCCUGCAAGCAGAGCUGCGCAGCAAGACGGUGGAGCUGGAGGAGCUCCACGACACCAACCAAACUUUGACAGAAAAUCUGAAGGACCUACGCUCCACUCAUCAGAAGGAGGUAAGGGAGCUGCAGCAGGAGAAUGAGGGGAGUCUGAGGAAACUUCAGGGGACAGCGGAGCAGUUUGAGUGGCUCUGUCAGCAACUGCGCUACUGGAUGUGCUGUGUCAAGAGAUUCAAAGACUGCCUAAUGGAGGAGAGAGACGCUCUGCAGCGACAGGUCAUCAAAUUGAAAAAGAAGGUUGAGAAACAUGAUGACAGUCUCACACAGAGCAUCCCCUGUCCCCUACAGGACACUCAAGGCUGUGACGGCAGCAUAAUGUCAUGGGAUGCAGAUGCAGUGGCUGACCUGGAGUCGCAGGUGGAGAAGUCAAACAUGCCGUAUUCGGAGCUCUUUAACCAGGCGGGGAGCCCUAUCAACGGAUACCAAAAACCUCCUUGAGGAAAGAAGCCUGGCCUUUUCUUCUUCUUCUCUCCCCACCUUCCCCAGAAGAUAACCACUAGAUGUUUUUGUGUGUGGUUAGCUUCGUGGAAUACCUCCCAGUCAUUGUUGCAAAAAACCCCAAAAACCUUGGAAAAAACAUACCUGUGAAACCAUACAUUUACUUUUUGCUCCCACUAUUGUUCACCUGUCUUGAAAAGAAUCUGCUUCAUGAUAUAUGACUGAACUAAAACACUUCACAGUG